CCCUCCCGCUGCAGCGGCGGCCGCAGCUGGUCUCGGUGUAAACAAGUCGCCGCGGCUGCGAACCCGGGCCGGGGGGGGGGGGGGGACGGCGCCCACUAGGAGCGCCCCCACUCCCAGGCCAGGCCACCCCGGAGGACCGGGCCCCCGCGCGCCCAGGCGAGGCACUGGGCUCCCUCUGCUCCCCGUGGGCCGCUCCCCGCGUGGGGCCACUGCCCCCGGCCCCCGCCAUGGUGCGGAUCUCAAAGCCCAAGACGUUUCAGGCCUACCUGGAUGACUGUCAUCGGAGGUAUAGCUGUGCCCACUGCCGUGCUCACCUGGCCAACCACGACGACCUCAUCUCCAAGUCCUUCCAGGGCAGUCAGGGGCGUGCCUACCUCUUCAACUCUGUGGUGAACGUGGGCUGCGGACCAGCCGAGGAGCGGGUGCUGCUCACGGGCCUCCAUGCCGUCGCCGACAUCCACUGUGAGAACUGCAAGACCACUUUGGGAUGGAAAUAUGAACAGGCCUUCGAGAGCAGCCAGAAGUACAAAGAGGGGAAGUACAUCAUUGAACUCAACCACAUGAUCAAAGACAAUGGCUGGGACUGACCUCCGCGGCUCUUGGCGCCUGUGGCUCCAGCCCGGCCUGGCCGCCAGGGGGCGCCACUGGCUUCUCUCCGCGGAAGGGAGCUCUGGACCCUCAGAGUCUCUGCAGUGGAAGGAUCCAGCUCCUGUACAUAUAUUUUAUUGCAUGCACUGUGACCUUGGGGGGGUGAUCGGAAGGUGGACGACGCCCCCACACCUCCCUGCGAUCUGGCUGGCUUGGAUCUCAUUUUCAGCCCCGUCCCUCCCCGCCUGCCCUAUAGAUAUGGCCUGUGUGCUGUGCUCUCGGCCCCCCUGCCCCCUCCGCCCCGUGAACUCCUCCCACCAGACCCCUUUCGCCCCACGCGUGUCUGCUCCCCUUGUUCUGUAGCGUUUGUACAUAAUAAAACAAUGGAGUGGAGACAG